AUGGCGGAGGCUGCAGCUCCCGGAACAACAGCCACAACAUCUGGAGCAGGAGCGGCAGCGGCGGAGGCGGCGGCAACGGUCUCCACGACUCCGAUCCCCACAGUCACCGCCCCGUCCCCGAGGGCGGGCGGAGGGGUCGGCGGCAGCAACGGCAGCGACGGUAGCAGCGGUAGUGGCGGCAGGGGCGACAGUGGCGUGUGUGACGGCAGCGGCGCUUGCGGCGGCAGCGACGCUUGCGAUGGCAGCGGCGACAGCUGGACUAAACAGGUCACUUGUAGGUAUUUUAAGUAUGGGAUUUGUAAGGAAGGAGAUAACUGUCACUACUCGCAUGACCUCUCUGACCGUCUGUGUGGUGUAGUGUGCAAGUAUUUUCAGCGAGGGUACUGUAUUUAUGGAGACCACUGCAGAUGUGAACAUAGCAAGCCACUGAAACAGGAAGAAGCAACUGCUACAGAGCUAACUACAAAGUCAUCCCUUGCUGCUUCCUCAAGUCUCUCAUCAAUAGUUGGACCACUUGUUGAAAUGAAUACAAACGAAGCUGAGUCAAGAAAUUCAAACUUUGCAACUGUAGGAGCAGGUUCAGAGGACUGGGUGAAUGCCAUUGAGUUUGUUCCUGGGCAACCCUACUGUGGCCGUACUGUGCCUUCCUGCACUGAAGCACCCCUGCAGGGCUCAGUGACCAAGGAAGAAUCAGAGGAAGAGCAAACCGCCGUGGAAACAAAGAAGCAGCUGUGCCCCUAUGCUGCAGUGGGACAGUGCCGAUAUGGGGAGAAUUGUGUGUAUCUCCACGGAGAUUUAUGUGACAUGUGUGGGCUGCAGGUCCUGCAUCCGAUGGAUGCUGCCCAGAGAUCACAGCAUAUACAAUCGUGCAUUGAAGCCCAUGAGAAAGACAUGGAGUUCUCAUUUGCUGUGCAGCGCAGCAAGGACAAGGUGUGUGGGAUCUGCAUGGAGGUGGUGUAUGAGAAAGCCAACCCCAGCGAGCACCGCUUCGGGAUCCUCUCCAACUGCAACCACACCUUCUGUCUCAAGUGCAUUCGCAAGUGGAGGAGUGCUAAGGAAUUUGAGAGCAGGAUCGUCAAGUCCUGCCCACAAUGCCGAAUCACAUCUAACUUUGUCAUUCCAAGUGAGUACUGGGUGGAGGAGAAAGAAGAGAAGCAGAAACUCAUUCAGAAAUACAAGGAGGCAAUGAGCGACAAGGCAUGCAGAUAUUUUGAUGAAGGACGUGGGAGCUGCCCAUUUGGAGAGAACUGUUUUUACAAGCAUAUGUACCCUGAUGGCCGUAGAGAGGAGCCACAGAGACAGCAAGUGGGAACAUCAAGCAGAAACCCAGGCCAACGAAGGAACCACUUCUGGGAAUUCUUUGAGGAAGGAGCGAACAGCAACCCCUUUGAUGAUGAAGAACAGGCUGUCACCUUUGAGCUGGGCGAGAUGUUGCUUAUGCUUUCGGCUGCAGGUGGGGACGACGAACUGACAGACUCUGAAGAUGGGUGGGACUUGUUUUGUGAUGAAGAAUUUUGUGUCUCAGAUCUAUAGAAACCUUGCGUGGUGUGUGAGCUGGUCUGCUGACCCCAGACAGCAGCUGUCCCCUGUGGUGGUGUGGCAGUGCCUAUGUUCUCUCCUAGGCAGGCCUAACAACUCCGGGUGCUGUGGUAAGAAUAUGUACCCAGGGCCUGUCUUCUCAACCCCUCACCUUUCCCCCAAGGAGUGUGUUGUUUUCCCUGUUGAAAAAAUUUACAAAAAUAAAUGUUAAAGGUUU